AUGACAGAAAUAUCGGACCGAGCUACGCGAGGAGCAGCGCCUACCAAGCUCUUUUCCACCAGUCCAUCUUUUCCACCGGUAGUCCAUCACAUGGACAUGGGUCAAGACGAGCGCCAGGAUCCAGAGCUGCCGGCCAUGGAGAAGGAGCUCUCUGCCGACGCGGUAGCCUGCGACUACUGCAGCGGCCCACAGUCGGUGGUGUACUGCCGGGCCGACAGCGCCAGGCUCUGCCUGCCGUGCGACCGCCACGUGCACGCCGCCAACGCGGUCUGCUCCCGCCACCUGCGCGCUCCGCUCUGCGCCGCAUGCCGCGCCACCGGGGCCGUCUUCCGCCACGGCGGCCCCGAAUUCCUCUGCUCCAACUGCGACUUCGGGAGGAGCAGGGACGGCGAGCUGCCGCUGCACGACCGCUGUACAGUCCAGGGGUACACGGGACGACCCUCGGCGCACGACCUCGCUGCUCUUCUCGGGGUCCCCGACUUGGACAAGCCCUCGGCCGGCAAAGCCGACGACGGUUGGUGGGCCAUCUGGGAGGAGCCCCAGGUGUUCAGCCUGGAGGAUCUCAUCGUGCCCACCACUUCUUGCCAUAGCUUCCAGCCCCUCGUCACGCCGUCCUCGCCCAAGAUCCAGAACUCACCCGAAGGAAAGACGAACGAUGAGGUCAUACGGCAGUUACGUGAGCUCGCGGAGGUGGACAUGGGCGGCGGUCAGAUAACACCUCGUGAGGAGGCAGAGCAAGCUGCUCAUCAGUUGCCUUCCUGGACAGAGUCACAGCACACCACUGGAAAUGGCGAUUUCGGCACAGAUAACAGCCAUGAGGUUGCAACCAUGCCAACCCCUGGUUAUGAGAACGGCGGAUGGAACAACAACGAUUGUCAUGCCCUAAAAGAUGACUGCAAGACCGAGUAUGAACAGGAGCAGGCUCCAGCAAACUCAGCUGAAGCAUGCUUGUCAUUGUUUGUUCAGAUGUCAGAACUUUGCCCCAGCAUGAGCAAUGGUGGCAUGAUGGACGAUAGCCAGCAGGCAAAUCCUGGUAUUGGCAUGCCAAUGCAAGCUUUCCCCAAAAGAAGUGGCUUUGAUGUUGUUGCUGGCCUUGACCGCGACAUUGUCAUUUCCCGCUAUAAAGAAAAGAGGAGGACAAGGAGAUUUGACAAACAGGUGCGAUAUGAGUCCCGCAAAGCUCGUGCGGACAGCAGGUUGAGAAUCAAGGGCCGUUUUGCAAAGGCAAAUCAGAGUUAA